CGUCUGACAUAUAUUUAUAUAUAUAUUUGGUCUUUUUAUCUUUCAUAUAUUUUCCGUAAAUACUAUUCUUCAUUAGAUUACAGGGAUUUGACAUUAUAGUAUCAACAUGGGAAAUACUUCAUCAAAGAAAAAUGGAAAAAAUAGACGAAACAAGAGUCAAAGUUUACCUCCUCCACCUCGAUUGGAUUUACCCGACAAUGAAUAUAGUACGAAUACAACACAAUCAGUAAGUUCGAUCUUGCUUACUUCUCAACAUAGACAACAACAAAAAGGGACUAUUGGUAGUACUAGUAGUGGAAAUAACAACAAUAUGACAACUUUAGCUCAAUUGAAUCCAGACUAUCCAGUGAAAAACAAGGAAGAACAUGAUGAAACACAAGAUACAGUACAACGACAAGAUCCUUUCCAAGGCAAAGUGGAACAUCCUCAACAACAUAAACUUUUAGCUCAAUCCGAUUUUUGGCCUCCUCAUCAAGAUGUUCAACAAAAUAUAGAAGAUAAUAACAAUACUUUAACCGGGAAUAACAAUCAACUCACUGUCAGUUCCAUGAACCAACUCACUGUCAAUUCUAUCAAUAGUAUGAAUACUUCUUCUAUCUCCGCAGCUCAAUUAGAUGAUUAUAUUCAACGAUUACUUGAAGUGGGAUAUGCUUCCAAGGUGCCAAAACAACUUUGUCUCAAGACCGCCGAAGUCAAUACCAUUUGUCGUGCUGCCAUGGAAAUAUUUCUUAGUCAACCAUCACUCUUAGAAUUAUCUCCUCCCGUCAAAAUAGUGGGUGAUACACAUGGUCAAUAUACUGAUUUGAUAAGAUUGUUCGAAAUGGGUGGCUUCCCUCCUUCAAGUAAUUAUCUCUUUUUGGGUGAUUAUGUGGAUCGAGGCAAGCAAAGUUUGGAAAACUUUUUAUUACUUUUAUGCUUCAAAAUCAAAUGGAAAGAAAAUUUCUUUUUACUUCGUGGCAAUCAUGAAAGUGGCUCCGUCACUCGAGUAUAUGGAUUUUACGAUGAAUGUAAACGACGAUGCAGUGUCAAAGUAUGGAAAUCAUUUGUAGAUGUCUUCAACACAAUGCCUAUUGCAGGACUAGUGGCUGGCAAGAUCUUUUGUGUACAUGGAGGCUUAUCUCCCUCAUUACAUUCUUUGGAUGACAUUCGACGUAUACAACGACCUACUGAUGUACCGGAUUAUGGCUUGCUGAAUGAUCUUUUGUGGUCGGAUCCAUCAGACACAGUAGAUAUAUGGGAAGACAAUGAACGUGGAGUAUCUUAUUGUUUCGGUAAAAAGGUGAUCAAUGAAUUCUUGGCAAAGUUUGAUUUGGAUCUUGUAUGUCGAGCUCAUAUGGUUGUAGAAGAUGGGUAUGAAUUCUUCAAUGACAGGACACUGGUCACCGUCUUCUCGGCUCCAAACUAUUGUGGUGAAUUCGAUAAUUUUGGUGCUAUUAUGAGUGUAUCGACUGAACUCUUAUGCAGUUUUGAAUUAUUGACACCUGCAGAUCAUCCUCUAGCAAAGAAACGUGGUGUGGAUCAAAAAGAUACCAAGACUUGAAAUCAUCAAUCAAACAAACGAUCAAUCUUUUAUACUUUUUUUUUUUUUUUUUUACUAUUGUACUUCAACAUCC